CAGCGGACAUGGACACUAUCAAGAGCGGCUGGUUCACGGAAACCUCCACCCUGUGGCUGGGCCAAGCCAUGUCCCUGGAGGUGGAUGAGGUCCUUUACAACCAGAAAUCCCCCUUCCAAGAUGUGGUUGUCUUCAAAAGCAAAACCUAUGGUAAUGUCUUGGUGCUGGAUGGUGUGAUACAGUGCACUGAAAGGGAUGAACUUGCAUACCAAAAGAUGAUCGCAAAUCUAACUCUUUGCAGCCAUCCUAACCCUAAAAAGGUACUUAUUAUUGUAGGUGGUGAUGGUGGUGUUCUCCGAGAAGUGAUCAAACAUUCUGCUGUGGAGUCUGUAGCACAGUGUGAAAUCGAUGAGGAUGUGAUAAAGAAUUCUAAACAGUACCUUCCUGGUAUGGCAGUGGGUUUCUCGAGCCCCAAGCUGAAACUCCAUGUUGGUGAUGGCUUUGAGUUCAUGAAAGAGAACCAGGAUACAUUUGAUGUAAUUAUCACUGCUUCCUCAGAUCCAGUAGGACCUGCUGAGAGCCUAUUUCAAGAGUCUUACUACCAGCUGAUGAAGAAUGCUCUGCGUGAUGAUGGGAUCCUUGGUGCACAAGGUGAAUGUCAGUGGCUGCACAUCGAACUCAUAAAGGAGAUGCGGAGGUUCUGUAAAUCCUUGUUUCCUGUAGUUGAAUAUGCGUACAGCACAAUCCCCACGUACCCCAGUGGACAGAUCGGCUUUAUGUUGUGCAGUAAAAAUGCUGAAACUAGUUUUCGUGAGCCUGUGAGACAACUGUCAGCAGAAGAAGUGGACAGAAUGCAAUUGAAAUACUACAAUGCCGAUAUGCAUCGGGCAGCAUUUGUUCUGCCAGAGUUUGCCAGAAAGGCACUUAAUGAUGCAUAAAACCAAUUCCAUUGCUCUGUUCGCUGCCUUCAAUGCUGGAAGAAGUUUUUACAAAU